AUGGAUUUGAGGAGUUUGAUGAACACGUCCGAUGAUGGGGGGGAGAGGCCGCGUGCUGCUGCUGCUGCUGCUGCCGCUGCCGCCGCCGCUGGUGGCCCUCCUCCGGGCCAUCCUACUCAUGUUCACGCCCAUGGCCAUCAGCAUCCACCUCCUCAGCAUCUCGCGCCGAAGCAUCAGCGUCAUCCGCAACAGCAGCAGCAGCACCACCACCAACAACAGCAGCAGCAGCAGCAGCAGCAGCAACAGCAACAACCGCCACCACAGCCACCGUACCAGCAACAGGCCCCCACGACGCCUUCCCAGGCUACGACGGCCUACGCCUUCAGAGAAUCGGCGUACAGUCACGCAUUGCAUUCAUCCCCCGGUAAACCGCCAGCACCUCAGGAAUAUGCCGUACAUCCCCAGGCCUCGACCCCGUCGUAUCCUCCGCAGUCGCCUUAUCAGACUCCGGGCCCGUAUCCCGGCCGGCCAGCGCCGCCGCCCCUUCAAGCUGGUGCUCCUGCCCCUUAUGCCGAUGCGCGAUCACCCCAGAGUGCAUCCAUGCCAGGCCCGUCUCCGUAUCGUCAUACGCCGACAUCUUCCGUUAGCGGUCCCAGUGGAGGUUACCCCUUCCCGCCGACCGGUCCGUCUCAGGAAGCUGCCAGCCCUGUGCAACGACACCAGCAAUAUCCGCCAUCCAACGCGUUCCCCCCGAGAGACGGCUAUCCUCAUCCAUCUGGUGCAACCGCGCCUCAGUACGCUCAACAGCAGCAACCGCCGCCACCGCAGCAGCAUAUGCCUCAAACACCGCCCAUUGGGACCCCUGUUAGCGGACACCCAUAUCUUCAUCAGCGCUCACAAUCAAACCAUUCAACUCCUACACCUACAUCUGCUCAUAGUCAGCAUCCGCAGCAUCCCGGCCAGCCAUAUCCUCUUCACGGCAGUCCUGUGGCGACGACGCAUCCGCCGCCCGAUUUCAACCGGCAGCUCUCGCAGCCUCCGACCCCACUGGGCCCGCCCCAGACCGGGCCUCGACAAUCUUCCACUGCACCAAGCUUUACACAACCACAAAGCCCGUAUCAACAGAGACUAUCCGCCUCACACCUCGCUCAAGCCACACCUCCACCACCACCUCCCCCAGUUCGCAUGCCCAGUUCCUCCCACAGCACCCACGAACGAAGAUCAUUAUCACAUAGUGAACGCGACCGAAGUAUUAGCGUCAGCCCCAAGACCAGGAUACCAAGUUUGCCGAGUAGCAUUGGUGGGCAGACAGAACCAGAAGUGCGACCACACCCAAGCGUCACCAACAUGGUGGAACCCGAACGCGAACGCGCUGCGACGCCCGCCAAGAGAAAACUCGCCGACCGAGACUUGAGUCCCAGGGAAUUGGAACGGAAGGAGCCACGACCCCCGCCGGCAGAGCUCAAUGGCGGACCCGCCAUCUCUAGGUCACCCGUGAUGCAACGAAAGAGAAAGAUCCACGCGACACCCCCAAUUUGGGCUCAGACUUGGAAUGCUCGAGAAAAUAAGAGGCUCAAGCUGGCCAAUUUCGAGCUCCAGAAACGAGGGCCACCGCACAUCAAUGGCAAGUCCGAGUCUGUCAAGCAGGAUAGCACCAGCCGCCAUACCUCACCAGAGGCAGCGCGAUCCACCGCUCCUCCAGUUCAAGAACCGCCCCCGCCGCCAAAGGCCGAAAGUCUGCUUGGUCCUUGGGAGGAAAGCAUCCUCGGUACUCGACCUUACGAAGAGCUGUCUAAGACGAUCGCCGAUUUCUUAUUCAAGAAUGUCACGCUCCAUCCUGAUAGUGGGGAGAUAAUAGGACGUGGCGUGCAGUUCGAAAUCGAGGCCAAGAUGGGACAGCUCAUCGACAGAGACACCAAUGAUCGUGUCGAGAGAGCGAUAGGUUCGGAAUGUGUUCUGCACGAUACCGGGCGUCUAGCUUUCAGAAGCAGCAUGACUGAGGCUCAGCACAAAGGUCUCAACGAAUUCCUCAACACCAUGGUUGUGCAGACCGAUCCCCGAAACCCCAACGCACGCGGCCGAGUACAAGUACAAUACAAACAUCGACGAGAGAUUGACAAGUUCUACGAGCUGCCAAAUGCUCUGCAGGCCCGGCUGCCUGGUUGUGUCCGUUCCCUACUAGGUAACAGGCGUUCAAUCAAGGUUCGAGUCACAUAUGACCAAAAAACGCAGCAGGUCCUGGCCAAGAUUGUCAAGGCCCGCGUGGCAGAUAUCCACCUACAUCUUCCCACAUGCCCACUCGACUGCCGCCUUAGCAUCAAUCUAGAAAUGGCAUGGGAUGGAUCCGUUGAGGAAUUGGAAAGCGUGGCUGUCGGCCAUGCAGAUAAGUUCCCUGACCGGAACAAGGACCGUCUCAGCUACAAGCAAAAUCACUACCAGAUCGACUUGACCCAAGUGACGCAAAUGAUGCCUGGUCCUGGAAACACCUCACAGAUGAGCAAGGAACACGAACUGGAAAUAGAGUUAUCACCCGAAAUCGUUAUCGAUCAACAACGCCGCGCCAUGAGGAACGAGCCGCAUCAAUACCAGCAACUUGUUGAGGCAUUCGUCGACAACGUCCGCGUCCUCGCGCGCAAAAGCCGCGAAUUUGUGUAA